AGGAAUGAAACGCUCUUUCAAUGCCAACGACCGACUAAGGUACUCCAUCCGACGCAACGACGACGCACUCCCCCGAUCUGUUUAAGUUAUAUUUUCUGUUUGCGAGAUGAGUUCAGCUCAAGACCCAUUUUAUAUAGUGAAAGAAGAGAUUCAAGGAUCUAUUGAUAAGUUACAAUCCACUUUUCAUCAAUGGGAACGUAUUCCUCAUGAGAUUGGGGAGAAAGUACACAUGACAAAGGAGCUGCUUGCUGCUUGUGAGAGCGUUGUGUGGCAGGUGGAUGAAUUGGACAAAACAAUUGCUGUUGCAGCUAGAGAUCCUUCUUGGUAUGGCAUUGAUGAAGUGGAACUUGAAAAACGGAAGAGAUGGACAAGCACUGCUCGUACACAGGUGAGCAAUAUGAAGAAAGUAGUUGUUGCUGGAGAAGAUUCGAAUGGUACUGGAUCUGCUAGUGUGAGCGGUAUGCGCCGAGAAUUGAUGAGGCUGCCAAAUUCUCAUCAGAAUAACCAAUAUGCCCGAGAUGAGGAUGACUUUAUACAAUCAGAAUCAGACAGACAAUUACUUCUUAUAAAGCAACAGGAUGAUGAAUUGGAUGAGCUUAGUGCUAGUGUGGAGAGGAUUGGUGGGGUUGGGCUUACCAUACAUGAAGAAUUAUUAUCGCAGGAAAAAAUUAUUGAUGAUUUGGGCACAGAAAUGGAUGGGACAUCAAAUCGUCUUGAUUUUGUUCAGAAAAAGGUUGCUAUGGUCAUGAAGAAGGCUGGUGCCAAAGGCCAGAUUAUGAUGAUAUUAUUUUUAGUAGUUCUAUUUAUCGUUCUGUUUGUUCUCGUCUUCCUUACCUAGAUUAGAGGUAGGACCAGCUUCUGAUGUUCGUGAAUGAGGGGGGAAUUUGAUCAUUGGAAAUAAUCAAUGAGAGUUGAGGCUUAGAUAAAAGUUUGAUUGGUGUGACAGUCUACAUGUGUGUUUGUAAAAGGUUGCCUGGUGAUUACUGUACUAAAGAAUAUGCUUUAUUGAUUUUCUUUAUUUUUUUUUCCCCUUGCUUA